GAAGCGUGAACGUAGCAAACCAAGAAUAUCCCCAAGUGCACAGAAUCAUUACCGCAAACCAACAACGAAUACAAACAGUAUUACUAUAUCUAUUCGCAACACGCUCUCGCGGGGGCGAUUAUCUCUUCCCAAACUCCCCUCGCGCGCCCUCUCUCUCUACCCCCGCCGCCGCCGCCGUCGCGGAGAGAGAAACUCUCUCCCGCCCCACCGCAACCAUGCCCGUCGUCAACCCCUUGUUCUUGCAAUGCCCCCUCGCGGCCUCCCCUUCCUCCUUGUUUUCUCACUCUUCGUAUUCUCCUCGAGUUUCAGUGAAAUUCAGCAUUUCCUGUUGCGCUGUGGCGUCUCCGGCCGCCGUGUCGAGCGGAAUCGCAGACAAUAGAGUUCUCGAAAGGAGAGAAAUUCGUCUCGGAUUGCCUAGCAAAGGUCGAAUGGCAACGGAUACUCUCGAUCUGCUCAAGGAUUGUCAAUUAUCCGUCAGGCAAGUGAAUCCUCGACAGUAUGUGGCUGAAAUUCCUCAGCUCUCAAACUUUGAAGUUUGGUUUCAACGGCCAAAAGACAUUGUACGAAAAUUGGUAUCAGGGGAUCUAGACCUUGGUAUUGUGGGUCUUGAUAUUGUUAGUGAGUAUGGACAGGGGAAUGAAGAUCUAAUUCUUGUUCAUGAUGCACUUGACUUCGGAGACUGCCAUUUAUCCUUGGCAAUACCCAAAUAUGGGAUUUUUGAGAACAUAAAUUCGCUGCGGGAGCUAGCACAGAUGCCUCAAUGGACACCCGAGAAACCUCUGAGAGUUGCAACUGGUUUCACCUAUCUGGCCCCUAAGUUUUUGAAGGAAAAUGGACUGAAGCAUGUCACUUUCUCGACCGCGGAUGGAGCGUUAGAGGCAGCUCCUGCGAUGGGCAUAGCUGAUGCUAUCGUGGACCUUGUGAGUAGCGGAACCACAUUGCGAGAGAAUAAUUUAAAAGAAAUCGAAGGUGGAGUUAUAUUGGAAAGUCAGGCUGUUCUUGUUGCUAGCAGGAAGUCCUUGACCCAAAUGAAAGGUGUAUUAGAUAUCACUCAUGAAAUCCUUGAAAGAUUGGAGGCACAUUUGAGGGCAGCUGGCCAGCUCACGGUUACUGCAAACAUGAGGGGAACCAGUGCAGAGGAGGUGGCGGAACGAGUACUGAGCCAAACAUCAUUGUCAGGCUUGCAGGGACCCACCGUAAGUCCAGUUUUUUGCAAACGUGAUGGGAGAGUAGCAGCAGAUUACUAUGCAAUUGUCAUAUGUGUACCUAAAAAGAUGCUUUAUAAGUCUGUUCAACAACUGAGAGCGAUUGGAGGCAGUGGAGUUCUUGUUUCUCCUCUGACGUACAUUUUUGACGAAGAACCCCCUCGAUGGCGCGAACUCCUUUCAAAACUUGGCAUGUAGUAGUCUUUUGGGAAAGCCUUGGGGUGGUUUUUGCGUUCUAUAGCAUUAGCAUGUCGGAGAACUACUGGAACUUGUGUUAGAAGAGAAAUCAGCUCAAGAAGUUGUACACUUCUAUGUAUUUCGGCAUAGUGUAUUUUUAUGUUUUAAAUUGGCCUCCAUAAUAUUUGCUUCCAAUUUUCCUAGUUUGAGCAUUGUUCCCUCUCCCUCACGGGCCUUUUCCUGUUGUAAUCAUUACAGUUUGAAUCUUAUCAAUUUAUUCUGAUACAAGUUGUCA